CGCUCAUACAAGCAUACACUUCCUUACCGGCAGACAAACGGACGCACCUGAGCCUGCAUGCUUAGGACACAGGAAAAAAAAACAACUGUCAAAGUUUUGCCGCCAUUACUUAAGUUUGAAUUUCGAAUCAGUGUGAAUCAACCAGUUCGCUCUCUUUUCUCUUGACUAGAGGACUUCAGAGCAAAACCUUCUUCUCAGUUACUAGAAGACUUUAAAAAUGUUCAGUGCAAGAAUGAGCCAAAGGUUGGUGGUAGUGUACCUCUGCAUAGCGUCAGUGUUCAGUGCUCCAAUGCAGCUGCCGUUCCUGCCAAUGCAGUACGGAAUGAAUCCUCAGCUGCCAUUCUUGAGACAGAUGACUCCGAAUUUGCAGUCACCCUCACUGUUCCCUCAACAGCAGCCAUUGGUAAUCGUCCUACCAAACGCAGCACCCAGCACAGAAACUGACGAUAGAUACGUGAACUUAAACGAACAAUUAGGAGCCAACCUUAAAAACGCAGGACAUACAGACGAGAACAAAGAUGCUGUAGUCAUUGAUGCCAAUGACCCUAAAGCACCAGAAAUGCAAACCAAGAACGCAAUAGUCUACCUCCCUAAUGAAGGAAGAUACUCCAUAGGACAAAUCAUUACGUACAUCCCAUUUCUGCCGAUAGAAAUUAAUGUACCAGACACCAUCUCCUGGAUCACCCAUCUGCUGACUGGAGGAAUAUUCAGACCAGGACCAGCUCAGGCGCCUGUAGGUAUGAAGACUCUUCCCAACAAACCUCAAGCCCCAUUAAUAGUGAUGCCCUACCCUGGUCUCUUGCCCAACUUGAACCAAUAAGUGACUGCAGUACUCUGGGAGCGAGGAAGACUGAUCGUAAAUUAUUAAUAGCAGUGAUGAACGUUUCUGCUGCUAUAGUAAUAGCUAAUGGUGUUAAAUCAGGGUUGUGUCCAUAAUAUAAUUUAAAAACUUUAA